AUUUUAUUAUCCUAGUACCGAGUGUCUUACUAUCAUUAUAUCGUUGUUGCUGCUCGUGGAAAAUUCCCUGCCUUUCCGGUGACGUUUUCUCACGGGGAUUUCUCCCUCCAUCAAAGCUUCAUCUUUCUUCGCCGAUUCCAUUUACCAGCUGUCGAUUUAUUCUUGCCCAUAGCUUGCUUCUUGUUUUCUGUUCGCAUUCGCUCUUUCGACUCUAUUCGAUCUACAGUCUUGUCAUCAUGUCCGUGACGACGCUGCAUAGAGAUGCGGCUUUUCAAGCACGCUCCCUGUUCCGUUCCCUUCUCCGUCAAUCGUCGCAAUUCUCCAACUACAACUUCCGAGAGUACGCUCGCCGGAGGACGAAGGAUGCAUUUCGCAAGCAUCAGAAUGAGACUGAAGAACGCCAAAUACAGGAGUUGAUUCAAGAAGGCUUGCGGAAUCUGCGAAUGAUGAAGAGGCAAACCGUCAUCAGCCAGUUUUAUCAAUUGGACAAGCUCGUCAUUGAGGGACAGCGACCAGGAGGACAACGAUCGUUGAAAGAGACAGGAGGUGAAGGUGGGAUGGUUCGCCAGAAGGAUACUGGCUGGGAUUGACAUAACCAACCUGGCCAGUUAAACACGACCAGAGUGGACUAGGAGAGCCGAACAGAGAAGAUCGAUCGCAUCUGUCCGAUAUGUCCCAAUUCGCGCAGUGCCACUCAGUUCGAUGGUUGGAGGAUUGGCUGAACCAUAGACUACCCUCUGUUGUGUACUACUUUUAAUGAAAACGACUACCACGGAGUGAUGCAGACUCUGCACUACUCAUGGCCUUGUAAUCUACCAUGCAAUACGAGAAUCUUUAGCUUCUCCAUUCUUUAUUUAUUUCGUCAGUG